AUGAAACUAGUUCACGUAGCCCUGCUCUAUGUCGGCUCUGUGACCUUCUUCGGGGUGGAUGCUGCAAGGGUGGACGUAGCGACAGAGUUCAAAAGAAAAUGGACGAAAUGGGCACUGAGCCGAGCCAAGCGGGACGCGAAGCCUUCGGGCGUGCUCCGAGGGCUGGGGGCAGCCGGCGACGUGCGGCCGCUCAUGCGGACCCAGGACGUGAAGGAGGAUCUCCGAGUCUCGCAUCCCAGACUGGUGAAAGAUGUAGAGAAUGUAUCAGCUGUUCUCCAUGGGUAA